GCCUUCCUGUCUAUGUGGAUCAGUAACACGGCCACCACAGCCAUGAUGCUGCCCAUCGCCUACGCUGUGCUGGACGAGCUCCAGAAGACAGAGGCCGAGGCUGACGACUUGGAGCUACAGAGGGGACAGACCAAUGAGGGUAUCCAGAUGGACGAGACCAAGGGCAUCACCACAGGUGGAUAUGUGUUAUUGAGGAGACUAAUAUUGACAUUGUUUGCCUUCAGAGAAGGGCAUGAGCCUGUGUGUGUGCUACUCGGCACCACCCCCAACCUUAUCCUCAAGGGACAGAUGGAUGAACUGUAUCCAGGCAAUGGUGGAAUAAUCAACUUCGCCAUCUGGUUUGGAUUCUGCUUUCCCAAUAUGAUGUUGAUGCUUGUGAUUGCCUGGCUCUGGCUUCAGUUCAUGUACCUGGGAUUCAAUUUCAAGAAAUCAUGUGGAUGUGGGUCCAAAUCUGAUGGCGACCGGGCAGCGUACCAAGUGAUGAAGAAUGAAUAUAAGAAGCUUGGCAGCAUAUCCUUUGCAGAGGGCAGUGUGUUGGUGGUGUUUGUGCUGCUGGUUCUGCUGUGGUUCACCCGAGAGCCCGGCUUCAUGCCCGGCUGGGCCACAGUGCUCCUUAACCAGGAGAAAGAGGAUGUCACUGAUGGGACUGUGGCCAUUUUCAUGUCCCUGCUCUUUUUCAUUAUUCCCUCACAAAGGCCACAAUGUUUCAGGGGCAGGACAGGUGAUAUGAAUGGGGAAAGUCUGAAGGCCCCACCGGCUUUGCUGAACUGGGAGGUGGUUCAUGAAAAGAUGCCCUGGAACAUUCUCCUCCUGCUGGGAGGAGGCUUUGCCUUGGCAAGUGGCAGUGAGACAUCUGGACUUUCUUUGUGGCUCGGUCAAAGCCUGGAGCCCCUGAAGAAUGUCCCUAACUUUGCUAUUGCCUUCCUCAUCUGCCUGCUCAUUGCCACCUUCACCGAGUGCUCCAGCAACACAGCCACCACCACUCUCUUCCUGCCCAUACUGGGCGCCAUGGCUGGCAACAUUGGUUUGCAUCCACUGUACGUCAUGUUGCCCAGCACCAUCUGUGCCUCCCUGGCGUUCAUGCUGCCAGUGGCUACCCCACCGAACGCCAUCGCUUUCUCAUACGGGAACCUCAAAGUCAUAGACAUGGCAAAGGCUGGCUUUGUGCUGAACCUGUUGGGUGUCUUGUGUGUCCAACUUGCCCUAAACACCUGGGGUGUGGCGAUGUUCCAGCUGAAAGAGUUUCCAACAUGGGCCAACCUAACCACAACAAAACCCUGAGCAAACUUGCACUCUGCUUCUCCUAGGGGAGAAGAGGGGGAGCACAGCACAAGGGAUACAAAGCUACAUGCAUGCACAGCUAAAUUGAGAUGUGAGAGCCGUUGGCUUCAGUCAAGCCUGAGGGGCCUCUGUACUCUGGACCCAUAUGUCCUUCUGCGAAGCUGCUCCUAUAGGUGCUGUACUCCACAGGAACAAAUUUGUCUGUGCUCAGAAAAGGGAAACUUUGCCCCCAGCUUCAUCUCUGGACUCUAUCGAUAUGUAUCACAUAUGUUUUAUGUUAUUAGUGGGGAGGGGGCAGCUUUAAGAAGCAGUUAACUGUUAAAUUGCAUAGAGAUUAUUUGAUCCAUUUUGUUUUGGAUCCAAGACAUAGCCAAAUAGGCGUUGUUAAGCUCGAAACUAAUUUUGUUUGAAUUGGUUAUCCAAUAUGACAGAAAUAUGAUAUUUGGACACCACAGACACCACCGACAAAAGUCUGCAUCAUAAAUUACAUUGGCUAUUGUAAAUCUCUGCCACUUCUCUUGGCUUAAAUAGCUUUUUUAAAUUAUUAUUUGUGCUUGUCAUUUGUCAAGUUGUACUUUAUCUUCUGAUGGACAUACUGAUGAUGAUAAUGUAACAAAAACUUAAACUACUGUAUUGCUCUAUAUAUGUUUGUAUGACAGUUGCAUGUGAUGAGUAUUGCUAAAUGCCCACUGUUGUUAUUUAGUUUGCAUCAUAAUAAAUGAGUGUUUAUCAUU